AAAAAGAAAAAAAAUCCAAACUAUAAUUGCUUACUAAUUAAAUUAAUACUCCUUUUGCACAUUUUCCAGUUUGAAUCAGUGCAUUUACAUCAGUCGGCAGUAAAUGGAGAAUCUGAGCAAUGUGACUGAAUUCAUUCUUUUGGGCAUUACAAGGAAUCCAGAGUUGCGGAAAAGUUUUGCUGCUGUUAUUCUAAUCAUGUAUGUGUCCACAGUUGUGGGUAAUGUGCUCAUUGUGGUCACCAUACUCAAAAGCCAGAGUCUGAGGUCACCUAUGUAUUUCUUCCUUACUGCUUUGUCCCUCAUGGAUACCACCUACUCUUCUGUUGUUGCUCCUAAGAUAAUUGUGGACUGCCUUUCUGAGACAACUACAAUCUCCUUCAAAGGUUGCAUGGCCCAGCUCUUUGCAGAGCAUUUCUUUGGUGGCGUAGGGAUCAUCCUUCUCAUUGUCAUGGCCUAUGACCGCUAUGUGGCCAUCUAUAAGCCCCUGCAUUACUUGACCAUCAUGAGCCCUCAGGUGUGUCGCCUGCUGCUGGGAGGGGCCUGGGUGGGGGGAACCAUGCAUGCAACCAUACAGCUCCUCUUCAUAUACAAAGUACCCUUCUGUGGUCCCAAUGUCAUAGACCAUAUUGCAUGUGAUUUGAUUCCAUUGUUGAAACUGGCAUGCACGGAUGCUUAUAUCUUGGGGCUCUUGGUGACCUUCAACAGUGGGGUGAUGUGCAUGGCCAUCUUCCUCAUCCUCAUGACCUCUUACACCAUCAUCCUCUGUUCCCUGAGGUCUUAUAGCUCUGAGGCAAGACACAAAGCUCUCUCCACCUGUGCCUCCCACAUCACAGUGGUGGUUUUGUUCUUUGUGCCCUGCAUAUUCUUGUAUGUGAGACCUGUAGUCAUUUAUCCCAUAGACAAGGUGAUGGCUGUGUCCUUCACCAUUGUGACACCCAUGUUAAAUCCCCUGAUCUACACCUUGAGGAACAGAGAGGUGAAAAAUGCCAUGAGGAAACUAUGGCAGAAACAAGGGCCUCUGGGUAGUCACUAG